UCAAAAAGCUUUGAUUGACUUUAACCAUAGGGUUUGAAUCUCCCAGUCCGCCCUCUUACGUAUUUGAAUAUGGCUUCGCUUUGAUCUCACUCAUCUUCUCCUUCUCUCUCUCUCUCUCUCUCUCUCGCUCGCUCUCUCGCCUUUUCGUGUUCUCAGUUCUCUCUUGGAUCUGCUCCUUCUCCAGGUAUUUACCGAUUGCAAUGUCCAGGUUUUGAACAUCUUCAUCUUGUUCAUCCGCAUUUCGAUUUUGAAUCGCUUCUGACGAGUUCCAUCGUAUAUGUUCCAUUUCUGCUGUCCAUCGGAUUUUCGAAUGAAAACUAACUGCUGGCUCUUCUUAGUAAGAGUAGAAUGAUUUGGAGGAAAUAUUCUGGAGAGAGUUGUAUGCAGCUUUGUCUGCCUGCCGAGGAACUAUGGAAAGUGAUCCAGCGCUUUGUACUCCUUUAGACGCGCCUGGUGACAGUUGCCAGAAUAUUCGAUCUAUACAUAGCCGAAGAACAAGUGGCCCUACGAGGCGUUCCACUAAAGGUCAAUGGACAGCCGAAGAGGAUGAAAUCCUGCGGAAGGCAGUCCAACGUUUCAAAGGCAAGAACUGGAAGAAAAUAGCGGAAUGCUUCAAGGAUCGAACUGAUGUACAAUGUCUACAUAGGUGGCAGAAGGUUUUGAAUCCAGAACUUGUCAAAGGCCCAUGGUCUAAAGAGGAAGAUGAAAUAAUUGUCGAACUAGUGCAAAAGUAUGGACCUAAGAAGUGGUCCACCAUAGCACAACACUUACCUGGACGUAUUGGCAAGCAAUGUAGGGAAAGGUGGCACAAUCACCUAAAUCCUGCCAUAAACAAGGAGGCAUGGACACAGGAAGAGGAGAUAGCACUUAUUCGUGCUCAUCAAAUAUAUGGAAAUAGAUGGGCAGAGCUGACAAAGUUCUUGCCUGGCAGGACAGACAAUGCCAUAAAGAACCACUGGAACAGUUCUGUGAAAAAAAAAUUGGAUUCUUACUUGGCAUCCGGUUUACUCGAACAGUACCAACCCCUGCAUCGUGCAUUGCAAGUGGGCCUACCCAAGAAUUCAUCUUCAAGAGUGCAGAGCAGUAUAGAUGACAGCAGUCUCAGAGGGACAGAAACAGAGGACAUAUCUGAAGUCAGUCAAACUUCAGCUAUUGUUGCUUGCUCCACUACUGUUCCACGCACAGAAGAGGAAUGCCAGUUGGGUGAAGCUGCUUUUUUAAAAGAGGAACCAAUCUCAACACCACAUUGUCCGGAGCAAUAUAAUUCUUCUUUGGAUAACAUCACUUUUUCGAUUCCUGAAAUGUUCGGUGAAUUGGAUUGCUAUGUGAAACCUCCUGAUCAAAAUUUCUCACAGGAUUGCAGAACUUCUCCAACUGGGGAUAACCGAUAUAAUUUGUACGAGUUACCAAAUAUUUCUUCUCUGGAAUUAGGUCGGGAGUUGUCACAGUCUCAAGCAAUUGGAUCUCAGGAAGUAGAGAAUGUUCCACAUCAAACUUCUGCAGGAUUGAAUGCCUCUACUGACGAGAAUAUGGCUAGGGGUUCAGAUAGAUCAGAACAAAUGCUGAUAUCCGAUUAUGAAUGUUGCAGGGUUCUUUUUUCAGAUGGAAUAAACAAUGAAUCUUUUCCUUCUGAAAAUACACCGGAUGCCUCAAAUAUGGUUGAACUGAGUGGAUAUGCACAUCCUUUGCACUGUCAAUCAUUAAGCAUAGAAAUGCAAGAAAGUCGGAGAAACUUAUCGAUGCAAUCGUAUCAUCAUUCAAGAACUGAUGUUCUGGAUAACUCAAGUUCUCAACCUUUUCUAGCUCCUCUCUUGGUUUCUGCUAAUGAUGAUACUUAUGUAUAUACUAGUGAAGCCAGUCAUUUAUUUGCAACCCUCGAACGAGAGCUUGUAGCUAAUGAACAUGAUGGCUUUAUCUACACCAAUGAAUCCGCGGAAUCUCCCCGUGAGGACGGUACAAAGGAUGCAGACCUCCAAAAGCAGCAGGGUUCAAAUGAUCCAUCAAAGCUGGUUCCUGUAAAUACUUUCAGUUCAGAACCCAAAACUGCACAAAGUUUUCCUUCUUUUAGUGAAAGAGAGAAUACACAAUCAGAUCAACAGGACGUUGGAGCUCUUUGUUACGAGCCUCCUCGGUUUCCAAGCUUGGAUGUUCCAUUCCUCAGCUGUGAUCUUGCUGCACCAUCCACCAGUGAGAUGCAGCAAGAAUAUAGUCCACUCGGUAUCCGUCAACUUAUGAUGUCCUCUAUGAACUGUCUUACUCCAUUUAGGCUAUGGAACUCGCCUUCCCGUGAUGAUAGUCCUGAUGCUGUGCUGAAAAGUGCUGCUAAAACUUUCACUAAUACACCAUCAAUUUUGAAGAAACGCCAUAGGGAAUUCUUUUCACCCCUUUCAGAGAAACAACGUGACAAGAAGCAAGAGAUUGAUAUUGGCAUUAGUAGAACAUCAUACCCGACAAGCAAUUCUAGAGACUCUGAAGAUAAGGAAAAUAUUAUUCCUGUAGAAGAAGGGAGGCAAGAGAAGCAAAGCGAUGGUAGUAAUAUUUUGCUUAGCUGCAGUUUCCAGGAGAACAAAAGGCAAGAACUGGAUAAUGCUGUGAAAACCGAGGGCGUCGACACUGUUGGCCAAACAGUCCAACCGCCUUCACGCAUCCUUGUUGAAUGUGACAUGAAUGAUUCGCUCUUGUAUUCUACGGAUCACGAUGGUGUUAGAGCGGAUACUAACAGGGGUUCAAGUGACGAAAUUUCUGAAAGUCAGUGUAGAACCUCAACAGCUUUACAAGAUCUGGACUUCCCUUCAAAAUUAUCCGACGAUCAGUGCACACGUGCAAACUGUUCUAUUGCCAAUGAAACGAGUCAUGGAAGGUAUCCUCCAACAGCUCCCCCUGAAAUUAUUGGUGAUGAUGCCUCAAAGGAGCCCUCCAUUGAAACCUUAUUCGGUGGAACUCCAUUCAAGAGAAGCAUCGAAUCUCCUUCGGCAUGGAAGUCGCCAUGGUUCAUAAACUCUUUUCUAUUUGGUUCAAGAAUGGACAGUGAUGUAGCAAUGGAGGAAGUUGGAUACUUUAUGAGCCCAGGGGAUAGAAGCUACGAUGCAAUUGGGCUGAUGAAACAGGUAGGUGAGCACACUGCCGCUGCUUGUGCGAAUGCUCAGGAGGUUCUGGGAGAUGAAACGCCACAAUCCUUAUUGAAAGGAGAACGGAGGAAAUAUGGGAACCGGAUCAAGGAGAAGAGUCCAGCAACCAACGCUAGACAAGGGGUCGCCCAUUCCACUUUGGCUCCGGAUAUUUUGAAAGAGCGACGGAUACUUGACUUCAGCGAAUGUGGGACACCUGGCAAGGGAACUGAAAACGGAAAAUCGUCUAGUGCAAGUGCAACUGCGAGAAGCUUCUCAAGUCCCUCUUCUUACCUGUUGAAAGGCUGCAGAUAGUGUAUUUCAAAGUGUUAAAAAAGUUGGAAAUCAGUCUCCUUAAUCUCAGGUUAAUUAUAUUUCGUAAAAUGUAUGUUUAUGAUUUGUUCAAUAUAUCCUUUUAAAUUAUUCCUUUUCGGGAAAAAGAAAAGAAAAACAUAUGGGGAGGGGCAUUAUGCUCGUCGUACCUAAUGUAUUCUAUUCUUUAUUCAAUAGAUAAAAAGAUGUGUUCACUAAUUAUCAGCAAAUGAGUAAAAAAGUUUAACCUCCUAAA